GAGACGCUCGCUCCUGUGCUUCAGUCCCUGCGCGUUCACGACACCGGUCCACUGGCUGCAUGAUGGCUGAGGGAGGCGGACCCGAGUCGGGUAGCGCGGCAGACUCUGACACAGAGCCGGUAGCCGCACAAAUGCCUACCCCUUCAAUAGAAAACCAAAAACAGAGUAUUGGGUCACUUUUGAAAACAACUUUAAAAAAGGGCGACGAAUGGUAUCUUAUAGACAGUCGAUGGUUCAAACAGUGGAAAAAGUAUGUGGGAUUUGACAGCUGGGAUAUGUACAAUGUUGGGGAACGUAGCCUCUAUCCAGGACCAAUCGACAACUCAGGGCUGUUCUCAGACCAGGAGACUCAGGCCCUGAAAGAGCACCUUAUAGACGAGCUGGACUAUGUUCUCGUACCCACUGAGGCGUGGAAUAAGCUGGUCAUCUGGUACAGCUGCCUUGAGGGCCAGAGACCCAUUGUCAGAAAGGUGGUCGAACACGGCAUGUUUGUGAAGCACUGUAAGGUGGAAGUUUAUCUCCUUGAACUCAACCUAUGCGAGAAUGACAACAUGGAAAAUGUCGUCAAACGGCAUUUCAGUAAAGCUGAUACCAUAGACACCAUAGAGAAGGAGAUGCGGACGUUGUUCAAUAUCCCUUCAGAGAAGGAGACUCGACUCUGGAACAAAUACAUGAGCAACACUUAUGAGCAGCUGAACAAGCCAGACAGCACUGUACAGGAUGCCGGUCUCUUCCAGGGACAGGUGCUUGUGAUCGAACGCAAGAAUGAGGACGGCACGUGGCCCAGACAAGCUUCGCAUCCCAAGUCCAGUGCAACCCCAUCUAGGAAUUUUACUACCUCCCCUAAGCUUUCUUCAAAUUCAUCAGCUAGCAUAUCCCCAACAGUAACCAAUGGUGACAGUAGCGGUAGCCCCGGAUACGCUCUGAAUAACAGCACGUCCUCUAACAACAGAUUUGGGGGAUAUAAUUCAUAUAGCUCCUCCUAUAACUACAGAGAAUCACAGUCGCAGCCUGGCCUGUGCGGCCUCAGUAAUCUGGGCAAUACAUGCUUCAUGAACUCUGCUCUCCAGUGCCUGAGCAAUGUGUCUCCACUCACAGAGUACUUCCUCACAGACCAGUACGAAGCGGAGAUUAACCGAGAGAAUCCCCUGGGGAUGAGGGGGGAGAUCGCCGAGGCCUACGCAGACCUGGUGAAGCAGAUGUGGAUGAGCCGCAGCAGUUACGUGGCCCCGCGUACCUUCAAAACCCAGGUGGGCCGCUUCGCUCCACAGUUUUCCGGCUACCAGCAGCAGGACUCUCAGGAGUUGUUGGCCUUCCUGCUGGACGGACUCCACGAAGAUCUGAACCGUGUCAAGAAGAAGCCUUACCUGGCCCUGAGAGACGCAGAGGGUCGUCCAGAUGACAUUGUUGCCAGGGAAGCCUGGACAAACCACCGCUUGCGCAACGACUCCGUCAUCGUCGACAUUUUCCACGGCCUCUUUAAGUCUACAUUAGUGUGUCCAGAGUGCUCCAAAGUGUCUGUGACCUUCGACCCUUUCUGCUACCUCACGCUGCCUCUCCCUAUGAAAAAGGACCGGACCAUGGAGGUGUUUCUAGUUCAGUCGGACCCCCAGUCCAAACCCACUCAGUUCAGAGUGGUGGUCCCCAAACUGGGAGCAGUGACGGACCUUUGCAGCGCCUUGUCCAGGCUCUGCGGGAUUCCUCCUGAAAAGAUGGUGGUAGCCGACGUUUACAAUCACAGAUUUCAUAAAAUUUACAGACGAGAUGAUGCCCUCAACCAAAUCAUGGAAAAAGAUGACAUUUUUGUAUAUGAGGUCCAGGAGGAGGACAGUGAAAGGAUGAACCUGCCUGUGUAUUUCAGGGAGCGCCACUCCAAACACGUGGGCAGCUCCUCUAGCACCUUGUUGUUCGGCCAGCCUUUACUCAUCUCCGUGCCCAGACACAACCUGUUGGCUGACGUUCUUUACGACAAGAUCCUGGAAAGGAUCAGACGCUACGUCAAGCAACAGCACAGUCCAAAUAGCGAAAGCAGAGCUUCGGCCUCCGCCACUUUGUCCAGCUGCAGCCAGACUCCUGAAUGUUCCACAUCGUCUGCCCUCAAUGCCAGCCUGGGGGGCUGCGGCAGCCCCCGGUCAGACGGGGCCUCCUGCAGCGCCAGCUCCAGUAACGGUAGCAACCACUCAGGAACCUGCAACGAAGCUAACGGGCUGUAUGACGGUGAAGAGGAGGCCAUGGAUCACCAGGUGAGCCCCGAGCCGGAGAACGGGCCGUCUGAGGAGGAGGAGGAGAGCUCAGACUUGGAGAACGGCUCUAAAGGGAAUGCAGCCAAGCUCUUCACCUUCAGCAUAGUCAACUCUUACGGGACCGUCAACAUCACCCCGCUGCCUUGCGACGGAAAUGUCCUCAAACUUAACCCACAUUCCACUGUGGCGAUCGACUGGGACACGGAAUCAAAGAAACAGUUUUACGAUGAGCAGGAAGCGGAGGCCUACGAGAAGCACGACAGCAUGCUGCAGCCUCAAAAAAAGAAAACAACCGUGGCUCUGAAGGAAUGCAUCGAGCUUUUUACUACAAUGGAGACUCUAGGAGAACAUGACCCUUGGUAUUGUCCAACAUGUAAAAAACAUCAACAGGCAACAAAAAAGUUUGACUUGUGGUCGCUGCCUCGCAUUCUGGUCGUUCACCUGAAGCGUUUCUCCUACAACCGGUGCUGGAGGGACAAACUCGACACACUGGUGGACUUUCCCAUCAGGGAUCUAAACAUGUCGGAGUUUGUGUGUGACCCAAAAGCGGGCCCUUACGUCUACGACCUCAUUGCUGUUUCAAACCACUACGGAGGAAUGGGAGGCGGCCACUAUACGGCUUAUGGCAAGAAUAAAAUGGAUGGGAAGUGGUAUUACUUUGACGACAGCAGCGUCUCGUCUGCCUCUGAGGAUCAGAUUGUGACUAAAGCGGCCUACGUGCUCUUCUAUCAGCGCAGAGACGAGGACAGCCUGACCAAACCCGACCCGCCGGCCUCGCUGGGAGGAGCCACCGAGUCAGGCGACGACCACAUGGACACAAACUGAGGAGCCCCGACUUAACGAACACACAGCGAAAACACACAUGGCGAGUAGAGACUCGGGAUAUGCGCACACAGUGCUUCUUUAGUGGUAGAGGACUCCACAGACUCGCUAACCCUUCCUCCUUCAAGUUUAUUUGAUUUGCGUCUCGUCCGUUUUUCGUCUUCAACAAAGCGACCGCGUCAGAAGAGUUGAACCUAGAGACUUCCUCCCCCCCGAAGCAGGUGAUCGUAGCGUUGCUAGUCCGGGACUUCAGAGGAACACAGAUAAACAUGGAAGCUCUCGCCGGAUGAGCAGAAUGUUAGAAGUGCCCGCAAAUUCUUCUGUCGCCCACGAAAACGUUCAGAAAUAUUUAAAUGACAAAAAAAUAAAUAAAUAAAUAAAAAUAAAAGCCAAAUGCUGAUAUUGUUUCAACCAAAGUGAUUCUAGGUAUUUAUGAAGAGACGACGCAGAAGUGAGCAGGGUACUGGCUUUGUGCCUACAUUUAUUUGUUGAAAUUACCGCUGUGCUGAUGUAAAAUGCAAGUUUAACAGUGUGACGUGCACACAGAAUAAUACAUGCCACCUUAAUGAAAAUAUUUGCUGUGGAUUCAUAGAGCCACUGCUGCAGCAGCCUAGCUGCCACAGCCCUGUGACGCAUCGAGGUGUUUGACAUUGGACUUGACAAGUGGAAGCUAGUCGGCCUUGCUUUUUUUUUUUUUUUUUUUUUUUUUUGUUUUGUUUUGUUUUUUUAAAUAAAGCACAGCUUGAACUUUGCUGUGUCUUGGGCCCGUUACGAGAAGAUUCCCACCCUCCUACAAUUUUUUUUUUUUUUUUUUUUUUUUUUUUUUUUUUUAUAAUCAAGUGAAAUAAGCGGCCUUUUUAUUCCUGCAAACCUGACAAAAAGGAGGCACUUUGAAAUCUUCACAAGUACAUAAUCUACCUGCUUCUGGUGUGUUUAGUCAGAAAGGUGGUGUGGCGUAACCGUAGCGUUAAGGCUCAUGGUCCGCCGGGCACUUUCUUUAAAUCACCUAGUCCUUUUAAGGGUCAUUCGACUGCUGCUGGAUCUGACCAGCUUACCUUGCAAUAGCUCGUCCUCAUUAGACAUGUACAAUUCAUGCAGCUCUGUACUGAAAUGCCUGUUCUUUGAUGUUUCAAAGCACACCGAGUGAAAGAAAUAAACUGGUAUAAAAGUGGUGGUUUUGAUUCAUGGAACUUUAAACUUAUGAAGAUCUGUGCAUGUGAUGCAAAACUUGGCAAUUUAGACCCCAAAAUGUGCUUACUGACAAAAUGAUCCAGUAGAAGAAUGCAGAGUUUAAAGUGUUUUCAACAUGAUCGACAACAACAAGGAUAGAAGAUAUUAUCUUAUGCGCAACAUGUAAACAGUGCUUUAGUACUUGUUGUGUUUACAGUGUUUUUUGAAAGGGAGCCUGCAUUCCUGUUGCAUACAGCAUGUGUCUCGUCUGCUGGUUGGAUCUGACUUGGUUACAUCAUUCAGCAAUUAGUGCCUGUCUGGAUAAGUUAUGCCUUGGAAUAGGAAAAGCUUUCCAUCUGUAAACGUUGUCUUUGUUGAGGAGACGAUUCUGACAACCCAAGAGAUGAAGAAA